CCAUGGCUACUAAAUCCUCCAGUUUAUAAGUCAGCGUCUUUCGACUUUUUCGAAGUUUGGUAGACUUUGGACCUCGCGAAUAGCCUCAAGUUCUUGACUCAGGAUGCCAGUCACUACGCGACGAAUGUCGAAAUCACCCUCUCAAAUGGAGCCAAUACCAGUCACCCUCCUGUCUGGCUUCUUGGGAAGUGGCAAGACCACAUUACUUAGACACAUUCUGACAUCGAACAAUCAUUCGUUACGCAUCGCUGUCAUCGUCAACGACAUGGCUGCCCUGAACAUCGACGCAUCCUUGAUCAAGCGACACGUUGUGUCUCAGACGCAAGAACGACUCAUACAGCUGGAGAACGGAUGCAUCUGCUGCACACUUCGAGGUGAUCUCCUCGAAGAACUUGCUCGUCUCGCACGACAUGGUGAGUAUGACUAUAUCGUGAUUGAGAGCACCGGCAUCAGCGAGCCCAUGCAAGUUGCGGAGACAUUUACUGCAGAGUUUGCAACUGCAAUGAUUGAAGCCUCAGAAGAAGGAUUGAUCAGUGAACAAGAUGAAGAUCAGAGGAUUAUCAAGGAGAUAUCCGAACUAGGAGGCCUACAAAAGCUAGUCAGACUUGAUACUCUGGUGACUAUGAUCGACUCAUUCAACUUCUUCCAUAACUUCUCCACCACUGAUUUCAUCACGGAUCGUUGGGGGAAGGAAGGAGUUGAUCCUGAGGAUGAGAGAACCGUCACAGACCUAAUGGUCGACCAAAUAGAAUUCGCCAAUACCAUCAUCCUAAACAAAACCGACAGUGUCAAUAAAGCCACGCGAAAUCGAAUUCGAGCGCUUGUCAAAAGGUUGAACCCAGCAGCACAUGUUCUUGAAGCCCAGUUUGGCAACGUCCCUAUCAAGGAAGUAAUUGACACCAAGAAUUUCUCAUUCGAAAAAGCAGCAACGGGAAUGGGCUGGCUUCAAAGUCUACAUGAUUUGUCCCGUCGAGAAGUUAAUGGGAAGAUCAAGAUUGCACCAAAGCCAGAGACUGAAGAGUACGGAAUAUCGAGCUUCGUAUACCGUGCACGGAAACCAUUUCACCCAAAACGGUUGUACGGGCUGAUUCACGACAAAUUCGUUCUCAUGGAAGGUCAAAUCCAAAAUGACGAAGAGGAGGAAGAAGAUGACGAGGAUGACGACGGGGCAGAUCCUGAUGGAGACAAAGAGACGCCUGCGGAAGCUACACCAAUAUCAUUAUCAAUUGACUCUGAGGAUGGUAUCAAAACACCUCGAUCAGGUACAGAUUCUGAUCUGAGUUCCGAUAUUGACAUGGACACCGAUGCAACUGAGGAUGAUGACUUGGACGAAAGCGCGUUCUCGAAAGGCGUGGAUGACGAGACAGUGAAGAAAAAUAAACAAAGCGAUGAUGCAUUCUGUGGCCUCAUGAGAUCCAAGGGCUUUUUCUGGCUCGCAACACGACCGACGUUACACGGAGAGUGGAGCCAGGCAGGCACAAUGUUAACGCUUCAAGGUGGAGGACCAUGGUUCUGUGUUCGAGACGAGGGUAUGUAAAACUUGCAGAGUUCUACUCUCUGGCCUUCACGGGCUUCCGCUGAUGGUACUUUCAUUUCUUUUAGCAUCAUGGCCAGACGAUAGCGACAUCCGUGCCAGUAUCAUGGCAGAUUUCGCCGAGCCUUGGGGCGACAGAAGACAAGAACUUGUCUUUAUCGGCGAAAAGCUCAAUGAAUCGGCCCUCCGAGAGCGGUUUGACCGGUGUUUACUGACCGACAGGGAGAUGAGGAAGUGGGAGAAGAUUAUGAGGUCCAAGUCUAAUCAUGAUGAUGACAGUGAUGGGAGUGGAUGGGUGACUGUGAACGAAAUGCUAGCCGAAGCAUUCGAGGAUGGGUUUGAAGAUUGGCCCGAGGAUCUUGGUGAAGAGAUCGAACACCACCAUUAAGAGCUAGAGAAUGUUCAAGGGGCCUGAGUGAGGUUGCCUAGACAAAAAAAUAGACGCAUUUACGUGAAUGGUGAAUGCUCAUAGGAGCAUCCUUUGUCCACAACGGCAAAAUCUACACUUGAACAUAGUGCCAAUGGGCCUCUUGUGGUGAUGCAAGAUAUUCAUAUCGUAAGAAUUGGAUGAUAAAAGAUACUACUCAAGCUAACCCAGAUCCGAAGAACUCGACGAGCUUAGACCCAGCUUCGUCAACAUGAUCAUACAAAUCGGCAUGUGUCAGGCCAUCUACAACAUAUAAUUCUUUGGGCUCCCGCGCUUUGGCCACGCCAUCCUCGCUAUACCACUUUGUCGCGGCUUUCGUGCCGGUGAUCAUCAAGAGUGGCCUAGGUGCAAUCAUUUCAUUGAAAGCAAAGGCGUCAAAAUUGGCCAUGAUGUCCC